GUUCUUCAGGAGUUUCUCUUAACUGUCUAGUUUUAGGCUUUUAGCUAAGAUUAAUCUGUUCAUUUUCUCUCAAAUUCAAUCUUUGUCUCAUCCUUACUACUCGGUUUUGUGUGUUUCUCAGCUGAGUCUUGAGUCUUCUGAUCUUCUUUCACCCCCACUUGUUACUUUUCCAGCUAAGUCAGGAAAAUGUUCACAAAAAGGGAGAAAGAGUACUAUAUUACUUUUCCAACUUGGGCUCUCAGUCAAGUCAACUCUCAAGGAAGAAGAAAAAGCUAUUAAGUUUCCUGCAGCAUAUGUGAUUGCUUGGCCUUCUCUUGUUGAAGGAUUGAGGGGUUGACUUGGCGUCUUUGGUGUUAUUCUGUAGUUUUUGUCCCUUUUUAGGUGGGAAACCGGAUUAUUUGAUGCUGUUGUGAGCAGGGAUUUGCUGUAGCUAUGGGAAUUGGCAACAGAUAGAAAGAAAAUCAAGUGAGGCCCAAGGGGGUUAUGGUCAUAGAAGUGUGAAUGGUUACUGAUUAAGUUUCCCCUUUAGAUCCUGCAGUUGGGUGUAUGCAGCUUGGGAGUGUACUUUAAUCAGUAUAGUGCUGAUUUACUGUGGAAAUAUUCGAGGUGUUCGGAGAAUUGUGGAGUUUGAUUACUCGUGUAAUUGCUGCAAAUUUACGCCUAUUUUUGGGUACAACUAUUGUUAGUCCUGCCUGAUUUUCAUUCCCUUUUUUGGUCAUAUUCCACUAUAAGGAUUUAUCAGUUUGCACUACUGUAAUAUUGGCCGUUUAGUGUACAGUCUCAGCGGCAUGGUGUCUUCUAUAUGGUGAAUUGUCUUUGGAAUGAAAAAUAUUCCCUGCUUUUUUGGAGAAUGAUUUUUGUAACCUGUAUGAUAUCCCCCAAAAGGAAUUAGCUAAGUAGUUAUGGAAAGUGGGAACGAACUUGUAUCUACCUUAAGCUUUGCUUCAUCUUCAUAUACAUCAAAUGGUUCCAGUAGCCACAAUAUGCCAUCUGCUGGUCAUGAGCCAGGGGCUAGUCUUGAUUUGUUGAGUUUGACUAAAUUAAGUGGUAGUCUUGAGAAGCUUCUGCUUGAUGCUGAGUUCGACUACAGUGAUGCAGAGAUAGUGGUCGAAGGAACUUCUGUGGGUGUAAAUCGCUGUAUCUUGGCCUCACGAAGUCCAUUUUUCCAUGAUCUGUUUAAGAAGAGUAAUGCUGGCUCUGCAAAUGGAACUAAACCAAACUAUGUCAUGACAGAAUUGGUGCCCCAAGGAAAGAUUGGAUAUGAAACAUUCAUGGUUUUCUUGAAUUAUGUGUAUAGUGGAAAACUCAAGUCUUCUCCAACUGAGGUUUCAACAUGUGUUGAUGAGUCUUGUGCUCAUGAUGCAUGUGGCCCUGCAAUCAACUAUGCAGUGGAACUCAUGUACGCUUCUGCGACGUUUCAGAUGAAUGAACUUGUUUUGGUUGUUCAGCGACGGCUUCUCAACUUUGUGGAUAAGGCUUUUGUGGAAGAUGUGAUUCCCAUAACUAUAGUAGCCUUCCACUGCCAGCUGAACCAGCUUCUUUCACACAGUAUCCAGAGAAUAGCACGUUCAGAUCUAGAUGAUCUUACUCUUGAGAAGGAGCUUCCACAUGAAGUUCUGACUGAUAUCAAAUCCUUUAGGAAACAGUAUGACCAAGACCUGCAACAUGACACUGGUGAAGUGAAUUUCAUCACUGACAAGAGAAUCAGAAGGAUGCACAAAGCACUGGACUCUGAUGAUGUAGAAUUGUUAAGAUUACUUUUGGAUGAAUCUGAUAUCAACUUGGAUGAUGCUUUUGCUCUUCAUUAUGCUGCUGCCUAUUGCAAUCCUAAGGUGGUCACUGAGGUGCUCAGUCUGGGUAAUGCUAAUCUCAAUCUUAGGAAUUCUCGAGGAUAUACUGCACUUCAUGUAGCAGCUAGGCGCAAGGAUCCAUCAGUAAUUGUGGGCCUACUGAGCAAGGGAGCAUGUGUCUCAGAUUCUACAGUUGAUGGACGAACAUCAAUUACUAUUUGCAGGAGGUUGACUAGGCCUAAGGAUUACAAUGAAUCAACAAAGCAGGGACAGGAGACUAAUAAAGACAAAUUAUGCAUUGAUGUCUUGGAGAGAGAAAUGCUCAGAAAUCCACUUGCUGGUAAUAUGUCUGUGUCCUCAAUGAUGGUGGCAGAUGAUUUGGUUAUGAGGCUGCUGCUCCUCGAAAAUAGAGUGGCCCUCGCGCGAGUAUUAUUUCCACGAGAAGCUAAGCUAGCAAUGGAAAUAGCAAAUGCACAUUCAACGUCAGAGUUUGCUGGCCUUGCAGCAUCUAAAGCCUCGUGUGGGAAUCUGAGAGAGGUUGAUUUAAAUGAGAUACCAUACGAGCAAGUUAAACGACUUCAAUUGCGGCUACAGGCCUUGCAGAAAACAGUGGAGACUGGCCGGCGCUUUUUCCCCAAUUGCUCAGAAGUUCUGGAUAGGUUCCUGGAGGAUGACAUGCAAGAAACUCUGCUCUUGGAGAAUGGUCCACUGGAGGAGCACAGUACAAAGAAGAUGCGAUACAUGGAACUUAAGGACGAGGUUUUGAAGGCUUUCGAUAAAGAUAAAGCUGAAAAUAACUGGGUGGGCUUGUCAUCGUCUUCCUCGUGCUCAUCUUCUCCCAAGGCUAUUGCUCACCACAAGGCUAAGAAAAGGCAAUUGUUUUAAAUUUUGCUCUUAGGUAGUGUUAGUCAGUUUGAAAAUGUAAUACCCCAUAAACAGUUAUAUGUAUACUUUGCCCUUAUAGAUUUUCUUUUCUUUCAUCAGUCCAAAUUUGGUUGACAGCAAGUCCAUCUGUAAAAUUUUCCCAUAGGGAGUAAGCUUACACUCCGUGUAGGUAUAUGUCCUGAUGAUUACUGACUGAACAAAGAGGUUACUGUUAUUUGUAUAGUAUUACUGCAUCAGCGGUUCUUGAGGGGUAGAA